AUGUGGCAAGAAUUGCUCUGGGUCCCAGACAAAGAUGGCAGGUUUUCUAUCCGGCUCAAUUUGAUCCAGGAUGAUAUCACCUUCUCUCGCCGCGGCUCGUACUUUAUGAAUGAAGAAAAUGGGCUUGCUGAUGGACUGCGAUCUAUGCUUGAGCGAGCUUUCAAAAGCAAAGAAGGGCAGGGGUUACGAGCACCCAAUGGCCAGUGGAACAUCUGGCAGGUGAAACGAUAUCUGCGAGCUGUGAACCACUUCCUAGGCAAGAAGUUGGUUGCCUACCACGUAUUCAACGGGCAGCCGGCUCGAGGCAGUGAGCUUACGGCCAUGCGGUUUCGAAACGGCGCGCUACAGGAUCGAAACCAGGUCGUCCUAGAUGGGGUGAUGAUGACUGUCAUUCGCUACUACAAAUCGAUGUCGCAGUGGGACAGCCCUAAAGUCAUCCCCCGCUUCCUACCUGCGCGGCUAGGCCAGAUUACUACCAUCUACCUGGCGUACGUGCAGCCGUUCGCGGAGUAUCUACAGGUU